AUGUUCUACUUGAACCCAAAUUGGACUGAUUUCGACAAAUACACUCAUUUGCAGAUCAAUUUGGUUCUCACGAGAGACUCGACUGAAUCUCUCGUUUCAACUGUAACACCCUUUCGGUGCCUAGCUGCCAUGUCACCAGAAGGAAGUAUGAGGGCUGAGAUACUCCCAGGUUGCCCAAGUCGAGAGGCGGAGGUCGGGUUCGAACCACGGGCCUUCCAGUUGUUUAAAACUCCCCGACAGCCCAAGACCGGUUUCACCCUUCUUGGGGCUCAGCAGGUUCAGUCAUUUUUCCGUGGAUGGUUAUGUCGACGCCGAUGGAAGCAGAUUGUGGAAGAGUAUAUCCGAUCGGAGCAUGCAGAAUCUAUGCGGAGGCGAAACAGUAUCGUAUUCGGUCUCGUUGAAUGCGAAGAUGAAUACGUCCAACAGUUGUCUAUCUUGGUUACGUGUUACUUACGUCCAUUCCGAAUGGCCGCCAGUUCCAAAAAGCCAAUCAUACUGCACGAGGACGUCAACUCCAUAUUUCUAAAUGUUGAAACUGUUCUAUUCCUGCACCAAUUCUUCGUGCAGGGCCUUCGGAACAAAAUGGAAAACUGGCCAACUUUGCAACUCGCUCACUCCAGAAGUUUCCGUCAAACCCAUUUCCUAUCUCAACCCAAAUUGCACGAACUUAGCGAAAUACACUCAUUUGCAAAUGAAUUUGUUUCUUCGGGCAACUCAACUGGAACCCAGCUGAGUCCAUAUUUACGAUGUGACCUUUUCGACUUAUUCCUACCGAUGGUUGGCAUUUAUCAGGAGUAUGUGCGAAAUCACCACUAUUCGUUGCAAGUUCUGGCCGAGUACAAGCAACGUCAGGAAUUUACCCAAAUGCUGAAGCGCUUGGAAGAGAAACCAAUGUGUGAAGGACGCUCCAUCGAAUCCUUCCUCACCUAUCCUAUGCACCAGAUUCCCCGCUAUAUCAUUACACUACACGAGCUGUUGGCACAUACUCCUCAUGAUCAUGUGGACCGAAAAAAGCUGGAAUACGCAAUGUCCAAACUGGAACAAAUAUCUCACACGUCUAUCAAUUUGGUUUUCACGGGAGACUUAACUAAAUCCCUCGUUUAUGGUGUUCUUCAACUUAAUGUGCUGCACAAAGACCGCCUCAUCUUUGAGUUGGUACGAAAUACGAGAUAUUGUAGUAUAUUUUCAUUAAAGGAACUACUCACGAGUUUGCUGAGAACUCUUCGACAGUCCACGAUCGGUUUCACCCUUCUUCUGUUUCAUCAGAUGGGCGCGGUCUCUCAGUUUGAACCCAAGUUGGACUGA